AUGAACACUGGAGUUGACACAACUAAGCCAACAACGUUCAGUGCAAUUUAUAAGCACAUUUCGCCACCAACAGCUGUGGAUAAUUGCCUUUAUUGUCACCUAAUUCAUCCCAAACUAAAAAACCUUGUCAUUACUCGUGGUGGAUUCAUUGAAAUAUAUAAUGUUAAAUCUAGUGCUUCUGGGGAAACGCGAUUUAAUUGGGUGUACGGAACAUCUGUAUACGAAAACGUUGCUGACAUUGUCACUGUACGUUUCACAGGUGAUCUUUUAGACUCACUUCUUCUGAGUUUCCCGGAAGCUAAGGUUGCUGUGAUGAAUUUCAAUCCUGUAACAUUUGAACUAAGGACCUUAUCUCUUCACAACUACGAAUUUGAAAACCUUAAGGUUUGA